AUGGCCGACCGUCUUCGGCGAUUCGCACAACAGGUUAAAGACAAGGUACAAACUGCGCAAGUGAACGUAAACAGCCGGGAAAAGGUGGAUCAGUUGGUUACCAAGUAUGUUCCUGCAGAAAGGAUGUCAGCUAUCGCUAAUAGAUUUAAACAAGAAGCCGUAGUCAACAAAGUAAGGGAAAUGGUGAAUAAAUACGAAAAAUUCACCGGCAUCGACGAAAUUAUGGCGAUACAGAAUACAGUGGUUGAGGCUCAGGAAAAAUUUAUGUCAGCCCAAGACCGUCGGCGCGAAUUGGGCCGAGAAUUAGCACAAAUAGAGUUUCGUCUAAAAGAACUUCAUGCUGAGAUGCAAAAUACAAUGAAGGGUGACGAGAAGUACUUACAUUUGUGUACAGAAGAACAUAAGUUGAUAAUUCAAGAGCGAGCAGCUAGAACUCAUUUUUCUGAAGCUGAAAAGGAGGAAAGGGAGCUCUUUGCAACAAUGUCUGCUGCUGUCAAGUUGGGACAUGAAAGAGAGAGAGCACAUGCAGAGAGAAAUAAAUACUGGUACAUUGUGGCCUCUAUUUUUGGCACAGUUCUCGGAAUCGCGGGCUCAACCAUAAAUAACCGAUUAAAAAUGGCAGAAUUCAGAGAAAUGAUGGAACAACAAAUGGCACGUAGCGCCAGUGUUUUGUAUACUGUUGCUGGAGGAGGUACUGCCAAUCGGUCUGAUAUAACUGAGGCCAUGAAAACAGAGUUUGCAUAUCAGGAGCAACUCGCACAAAACUUAAGUUUAAUGCAGGAAAAUAUAAACAAUCUAGUCAACAAACAAGCUUCAUUGAUUGACCAUUUAAAUCAUCAAGAGCAUGUGUUUGAUACACAGAUAAGGGAACUGAAGAAGUUAGUCGUUGCAUCCGCACAGACUAGUGCGAAAUCAGAUGCGGAAUUAGCGAAAGCAUUAUCUGUGGUUCAUCAAGAUUUAGAUGAUGAUAAGGAACGGGAAAAAACAGUUAAACCAGUAGUACUAGAAACUAAUCAAAUUUUAACUGCUGUCGGUAUAUUGAUGUGCGUAGUUGUUAUAUUCGGAAAUAUUUUUGGAAGAGUCAGUUGA